CACACACACACACACACACACACACACACCACCUCCACUUCGUGGGCUCUGGAGUUUCCCAUUUUGUCCCUUUGUGACGCCCCACCCUGGCUUUUUCUCCUGACCCAUCUCCCCAACCCCAAGGAAAAUUCCCCUGCACCUUGUUACCUCACUUCACCAGCUAUGGGUGACAGUGGUGUCAUCUGUUCCUCACUGCUUAUGGCCUCCUGAAGGCCAGAAACACGCUUCUGGGGACAUUUCUCUGAGAUGUCAGCCCACAAUCUGCUGCUCAUCAGUUGGAAGACAAAGAUAACAAAGAGGGAGAGACAGGCAACCCCUCAGAUAACCCCAUGUUCUUGCAGCUACAGCAGCAGGUUCUGGACCUGGCCAGGUGACAUGUGCAGGCCCUGGCCUGGCUCUACUGCCACACUGUGCUUUACCGGGAGCCAUCAUCAGGCCAAGAUGGGCACCAGAAUGUAGAAGGCCCUGCCCCAAGAACCCAGGUCCCAGUCUUGGAUGUGCCCAUUUCACAGAGUUGGAGAUGGGCCUGGAGAGAUGAGGGGAGGCCUAGCCGGUCCAAGACAACAGCCCAGGAAGCCUAGAGCACAGGGACCACCACCACCAGUGCCACCUGGAUGGGCAGUCCCCACCCACAGCUUCUGCAGAGCUAUUUGGGGCAGGAAAGGAAAUGAGCGGAGUUACUUCCUCCUGUGACCCUCUUCCCCUCCCCCAGCAUCUGACCCACUCCAGGAAAGCACUUUCCAUUCCCCAGGGAGCCCCACGUCUUGUCCUUGUGGCUGCUCUCCUUGGUCUGGUAGCCUCUCUGGACUGGAGGAUGGCCUCCAGCCUGAAUCCCUUUGAGAAGUGCAUGGAGGACCCUGAUUAUGAACAGCUACUCAAGGUGGUGACCUUGGGCCUCAAUCGGACCCUGAAGCCCCAGAAGGUGGUGAUUGUUGGUGCGGGUGUGGCUGGGCUGACAGCUGCCAAGGUGCUCAGUGAUGCAGGACACAAGGUCACCAUCCUGGAGGCAGGUAACAGGAUUGGGGGCCGCAUCCUCACCUACCGAGAUGGGAAGACCGGCUGGGUAGGGGAGCUGGGAGCUAUGCGAAUGCCCAGCUCCCACAGGAUCCUGCACAUGCUAUGUAGGAGCCUGGGCCUCAACCUGACUCAGUUCACACAGUACGAUGAGAACACGUGGACAGAGGUGAACGAUGUGAAGCUGCGAAACUAUGUGGUAGAGAAGAUGCCAGAAAAGCUGGGCUACGACCUGAGCCACAGGGAGAAAGGCCAUUCUCCAGAGGACAUCUACCAGAUGGCACUGGACAAGGCUCUCAAGUACCUCAAGGUCAUGGGCUGCAAGAAAGCCAUGAAGAAGUUCCACAGGCACACACUCCUGGAAUACCUUACUGGUGAGGGCAACCUGACCUGGCCGGCCGUGCAGCUCCUGGGAGACGUGAUGUCCAAGGAGGGCUUCUUCUACCUCAGCUUUGCAGAGGCAUUGCGUGCCCACAGCUGCCUGAGCGACCGACUUCGGUACAGCCGAAUCGUGGGUGGCUGGGACCUGCUGCCGCGCGCGCUGCUGAGUUCAUUGUCUGGCCCGGUGCUACUGAACGCGCCCGUGGUGGCGAUCACUCAGGGGAUACAUGAUGUGCGCGUGCAUAUCGCCACUUCGCUGCAGCCUCACAGCUUGAAGUCGAUGACCGCAGACUUGGUGCUGCUGACGGCCAGCGGGCCCGCACUACAGCGCAUGACCUUCUCGCCGCCGCUGACCCGCAGGAGGCAGGAGGCGCUGCGUGGGCUGCACUACGUGGCAGCCACCAAGGUUUUCCUGAGUUUCCACCGACCCUUCUGGAACGAGGAGCACAUCGAGGGCGGCCACUCCAACACAGACCGCCCAGCUCGCCUCAUAUUCUAUCCGGCCCCGGGCGAGGGCGCAUUGCUGCUGGCCUCGUAUACGUGGUCGGACGCCGCAGCCCCCUUCGCAGGCCUGAGCACAGAGCAGGCCCUGCAUGUGGCGCUCAAGGACGUGGCGGCCCUUCAUGGGCCGGUUGUGUACCGGCUGUGGGACGGCACGGGCGUAGUCAAGCACUGGGCGGAGGACCCGCACAGCCAGGGCGGCUUUGUGGUGCAGCCGCCAUUGCUGGGGCAGGGGAAUGAGGACUAUGACUGGGCAUUCCCCUAUGGUCGCAUUUACUUCGCGGGCGAGCACACAGCCUAUCCACAUGGCUGGGUAGAGACCGCUGUCAAGUCCGCAUUGCGGGCCGCGGUGAAGAUCAAUAACCACGGGUUCAGGCUGGAGAAGCUGAAGCAUGCAAGUUUCCAGAAGCAGGGGCACAUACACUCAGAGACCAGAUUGGAUCAGGACGAGGCUGGCCUGAAUGAGGAGCAGGAGACCAGGCCCGGGGGACAUGUGUUUGUGGAGGCCAUCCCUGAGUUGCGGGGGCACGUGUACGUGGAGACCAUUCCCCAGGGGAAGGGGCAUGUGCAUCUACACCCCAAAAUUGUCCCCCCGCAUGUGCACAUGCAUGAGGAGCUUAUCCCUGGCAGGCGCGUGCAGAUGCACGGGGGACACAGGCACGGGACAUCUGGUUCCCAGAAGUUCCCGCACUUACACUCCUAUUGCAAAGCAUCGAGAGUCAUCCCUCCCCCAAUCCGGUCCCCUCUAGAGCAGGCCACCCACAGUAAUAGUCUACAAUAAAGUUACUUUUUGUUAAACCCA